CUUGAACUCUACCGUGCUGCUGCCAUGUUGGAUUGAAGGAUCGUUAUUGCUUUAGGAGUUCGGAAUGAAAGUUUAUAUUAUGCAGUCUGUCAAAAGUGAACGAAUUAAAGAAUAAAUAAGCCACAGGAGUAAACGAGUCGCACCUGCAUCGCCCGCGCAUUGAGGACAACACUACAUCACCUCUACAUGUAUGCGGAAUUCCUUACGGGAUGAACGGAGCGCAGGCCAUGUUGAUCUGUGAUUGCACAUAAAAUAAUCUAACGCGAGACAAACGCUCAAGCUCAUCCGCCUCAUCCGUCAACAUGAGCGGCCACCCGCCCCAGCGGAGGGUGGCAAACGUGGGCUCUCUGCUUCUGACCCCGCAGGAGAACGAGUGUCUGUUCAGCUACCUGGGCAGGAAAUGCAUCACAUUGUGCUCAGCAGUGGUCCAGGUGUAUGGGGCAGACAGGAGCUCGUCCUGGAUCAAGAGGUGCUGUGGUGUGGCCUGUCUGGUGAAAGACAACCCUCAGAGGUCUUAUUUUAUCCGUGUCUUUGAUAUCAAGGAUGGAAAAACAAAGUUUGAGCAGGAGCUCUACAAUAAUUUCACGAUCAGUAGUUCGAGAGCCUACUUCAUUACCUUCGCCGGAAAUUCUUGUCAGAUGGGCCUCAACUUUGCCAGUGAAGAGGAAGCCAAACGAUUUCGGAGUGCACUCAACGAGCUGCUCAACAGACGACAGAGGAAAACUGAGAAAAGGCGUGACCCACCAAAUGGACCUGCUCUCCUGAUGGCGACGGUGGACAUCAAGAACCCCGAGAUAAACAACAAACUUAAUGUGUCCCACAUGAAUAACAUGGUGCACAGUGGCCUUAACAAGAAGGAGAAGAAGGUCAAGGGCAAGAGGAAGAAGUUGACGAAGGCUGACAUUGGGACACCAAGCAACUUCCAGCACAUCGGUCAUGUAGGAUGGGAUCCGAACACAGGCUUCGAUUUGAAUAAUUUGGACCCAGAGCUGAAGAACCUGUUUGACAUGUGUGGCAUCUCUGAGGCCCAGCUCAAAGACAAGGAGACGUCUAAGGUCAUCUACGACUUCAUUGAGAAGAAGGGCGGCGUAGAGGCUGUGAAGAAUGAGCUGAGGAGACAAGGUGAGACUGAUCGCUGUCAGACUCGACACCUGGCCUCAUCAUAUUCAUAUGUCUGUCCACCAACCAUCCGCUGUCAAAGUCAGUUGAAUAAUUUGGACCCAGAGCUGAAGAACCUGUUUGACAUGUGUGGCAUCUCUGAGGCCCAGCUCAAAGACAAGGAGACGUCUAAGGUCAUCUACGACUUCAUUGAGAAGAAGGGCGGCGUAGAGGCUGUGAAGAAUGAGCUGAGGAGACAAGACUACCCCCUACCCCCACCACCACCUCCGUCCGGAGGAGCCGCCCCGCCUCCACCUCCUCCUCCACCACCACCUCCUCCUGGACCUCCUCCACCCCCUGAUAUGGACGGAGGCCACAGUGAAUCAACGCCCUCGCCCAUGGGCGGGAAGUCAGCUCUGCUGGAGCAAAUCAGAGAGGGCGCUCCGUUAAAGAAAGUGGAGCAAAACAACAGGCCAGUGUCGUCCACAGGACGGGACGCGCUACUCGACCAGAUCCGACAGGGCAUCCAGCCCAAUACACCUCCGUCCGGAGGAGCCGCCCCGCCUCCACCUCCUCCUCCACCACCACCUCCUCCUGGACCUCCUCCACCCCCUGAUAUGGACGGAGGCCACAGUGAAUCAACGCCCUCGCCCAUGGGCGGGAAGUCAGCUCUGCUGGAGCAAAUCAGAGAGGGCGCUCCGUUAAAGAAAGUGGAGCAAAACAAGAGGCCAGCGUCGUCCACAGGACGGGACGCGCUACUCGACCAGAUCCGACAGGGCAUCCAGCUCAAAACGGUAUCAGAUAAUGACUCAGGACCACCCACCCCUGCUCAGUCAGCAGGCAUUGUUGGAGCUCUGAUGGAGGUGAUGCAAAAGAGGAGCAAAGCCAUCCACUCCUCAGAUGAAGAUGAGGAUGAUGAGGAUGAUGAAGACUUUGAGGAUGAUGAUGAAUGGGAUGAUUAAUCCCGCAACACUAAGCCCACCCAGUAGAGUAAAUGAUACUAAAUUCUCACUUCCCCAAAUUUGACGCUCAUUCUGCUUUGUUUUUUUUUUCAAAUCGCUGUAUAUUUUUGUUGCCUUUUUGCUUUUUGUUUUUUUUUUAUAAUCUGUGCAAUACCUCAUGUAAUCUGUAAAGUAUUGUCAUUUAUCCUCUGUAAAAUAAUCUCCUGGAAUAACCAUGUGAAGUUUUAUGCCAGGAUUCAUGAUUUGUUGACCUGAAUGUUUUUGUUCCCCUGUGAGUGGGGAAAGGGAGAUGGACGGGACACUCGAUGUCCUUAUUAAAUGUUGAUUAAUGAUUUAGAUAACACUAUUUUCAUACCCUACUUUUCUGUACCUUCAAUUUUCUUAUUCAAAUCCUAGUUUAGCAUUCUUAGAUUUGGUAAGAGGUUCUCCUAUCAGAAUAUGUAUGUCCCCUGUAUUGUUUCCCUUGUAAAUGUACACCAGGCUGAUAUAUUGAGGCUAUAUAUAUUUUUGCACGAAUAACAAAGAAAUUCACUACAGGAUGAGAACACAUUGGCUGAACACGUUAAAUAUGAUUUCUGUGGUAAUCACGAUCAGCGUCACACUACAUUGCACGUCACAGAGUAGACAUUUCUGAGUUUUUGAUUUCACUUUAUUAACAACAAAAUAAUAUACAGUAAAUUCAAACUGGCAAAUCCGUGAGUACAGCUUGCUCCUGAAUGUGAAAAACCAUCAAUUCACAAAUAUAGAAUUUCAGUCAUAUCAAGAAAAAAAGAAGAAAAAAAAACAGAAAAAAGCACUUCACAAAAAAAUAUAUAUAUAUUAACUUCAAUUUGUUAAACACUUUUACAGGUCAAUGCUUGACUGACAACUACAUUUAAGGCAAUGGAGAAAAAACAACAACAAACCUUUGUGUACAGUUAAUGCUGGUUUAACAGUAUUGUCUGUCUGAACUGAAUUUGCUGUCCUUGUAUUGUAAGGAUAGUGCUGAAAAAAUUGUAUAAUUGACAUCAAAUCUUACAAGAGAAUGUGGAAUGAAAACACUAAAUUCUAUACUUAAAUAAAUGGUAUUAUUUACAAA